AUGUCCUCUCAAGCCGUGGAUGCUUACUCCGUCGACCAUAAUGAGUCACAUUACGGAGUCCGACCAGAGAAAGCCAGAUGGAUAUACCCCAAAACCAAGCGAGCGCCUGGUGCUGAGCAGGGAGCAAGACGAACCCACCGCCCCCCAGAGCGAGAGGGUAGUGUAUACGAGGCCGUGCCAUCGCGGGAAGUCGAUACUACCGGGAGCGCAGAGGUGACUGAUCUCUCACAACGCCCGUUACAAAGCCCCGAGAACAGCAGGGCUUUGCGAGUGGAGACAACCCCCGACGGCGAGGUGGUCGACAAUGCCCGGGCUGUGACGGACGCAAACGAGCAUACUAGGCAUAUUGAGAGAGUGCAUACAGAAUCAGGUACGACGAAGGAAAAAGGCCUGUCGCUGCAGGCUGCCUGGUCUGAAUGCGUCGCAGUCCGGCGUCGAUUCCUCGCGACUUACAAACGGGACAAGAAGGAAUGGACGAAACACGAUCGCAAGAUCAUUAACACGGGCAACCAGGCGGUGCAAGAUGGCACUCACCCGAACGACACGAGGUAUACCAACAGCUUUAUGGGUUGA